AUGGAGAACCUCAUCAACCAUUUGCCUAAACUACCUGAAAUUCAGCAGCAAAAACUAACUAUUCCUGAAUUCGACGAAAUUGAAGUCAAAGCAACUGACUCAGUAGAAAUUAAGAAAUUCAUACGUAAAGUAAAUUAUGAAUUCCUUGGUUUUCAUUGCAACCAUAAAGUUAUGGACAAAGAUUGUGACAUGGUUUAUAAAAAUAUUUCUGACCUUUACAAAUCCGAAGAAUUUAAGACAUACGAUAACUUUGUUUCAUUAGUUGCAACAUGUGUUUGGGAAAUAAGAGAUAAAGAUAGAAGAGGCAAAGUAUGGAACGAACAAAUAAGACCCGCUAUGUUUGAGAUGAAGAGAGCAAUUGACGCUUUAGUUGUUUUAGCUGGUAAUGUUUCAAUGUAUAACGCAAAAGCGAUGCCGCAAUGUUCAAAAUGUAAGGCAGCAAUAAGAAAAUAUAACUACUCAGUCAAAGAGAUAGAAAGAAUGCGAAACGACUAUGCAGACUUAAAGAAAGAAGCAGAAAAGCCAGCAGAAGAUAAAAUGGACAUGUUGACAUUUCUUAAUAAAAAUUAUCCAACAGCAGAAGAUUUCCUUCUGUCUGACGUCAAGAAGAAAUUUAAAGAGACUUUCGGCAUGAUUAAAACAUUCGAUGUACUAAAAGAAGAAAUUGAAGCUACGAAAUUGUUUAGGAUUUCAAAUAUACAUCGUACAAUUCAUGUAAAACGCUUGUGA